AUGCCCUCGCCGUCGCCGUCGUCGCCAGCUGGGCGCCGCGCCCAGCGGCCGGGCAGCACCCGCCUGUCCACGUCGACGUCGUCGCCCGACCUGCCCGUCGCCGCCGACGCCGUCCCUCGCCCCGGCGACAGCUCUCCCUCAUCCUCGCAGCCCAAUGGCAACGGCGCCAGCGACUCCUCCUCGUCCCCGAGACACUCGUCCUCCAGCGCGCGUCCGCCGCCGCCCCCCGCUACCCCUCCUGCCGCGCGUCCGAGCCUCUUCUCGCGCCUGAGCCUGCCUCUGCCUCUGCGGAACCGCAAUCGCAACCUCGUCGACUUUCACAUCCGCUGCGAUGAACCCUACAAAAAGUACUGCGCCGGCGACUCGGUUCGCGGCGUCGUCGUCCUCGCCCUCGUCAAGCCCCUGCGGAUAACCCACCUCGUCGUCUCCCUCCACGGCUACGUCCGCGUUCUCAAAGACCCCGCCUCGGCGGCAAAGGCACAUCUCGCUCCGGCUUUGGCCUCCAACGGGCCCUCCAACCGCCCGCAAUAUCACGGCAAUGGCUUGGCCAGCUUGUUCCAGGACGAGCAGGUUCUCAGUGGGGAAGGCAGGAUCGACACGGGUCGCUACGAGUUUGGCUUCGAGCUGGUCUUUCCAGACAAGGAACUACCCAGCAGUAUUGAUUUUGAGCGCGGAACGAUAUCUUACAUGAUCACGGCCACAUUAACGAGACCGACGACGAUAGCCCCUACAACAACCUGUGACAGGAGGGUGACGCUGUCACAGUUGAUAGACAUAGGCCUCCUCCCGCCCCCACGCCCGAGAGCCAUCUUUCUGGAGCCAAUAUCGAAGCGCUCGCGGAGGAAAAAGGCGGCUGCGGUGGAAAAGUCUACUUCAACCAUUUCAGAGGUCAAUGAUGUCGCCUCCGAGGCCGAUUCGGUCGACCGGUCAGUCGCGGCUGACGAUACCGCCCGCGAGGGCCAGGCGGAUCACCGGAGCCAGAUUCCAAGCGACAUGCGCAGCGAGAUUAGCGGCGAAAGCGGCCGCAGUGCCAGCACUGCCGUUAGUCGGCUCGACCUCGCUCAGCUAUCUCAGGUCGGGUCGGCCAUGACACAGGCAGCGAAACAGCAAGUAGUGGACGACAAGACUAUAACAGCCACCAUCACGUUGAUAAAGGGAGGCUGUUUGCCCGGCGACAGCGUUUCCGUCAAGAUAAUGGUUCAGCAUAUAAAGCGCGUCAAGAGCAUGACCGGCGUCAUUGUGACGCUUUUUCGGCAGGGCAAGAUGGACACGUCGCCGUCACCGGCCGCGUUCCGGGACUCGGGUAUUGGUGAAAGUCGUGGCGGGGACAAGGAUGAGAUGUAUCCACGGUCACGGACGGGCCUCGGGGGCCUAUCGCUUUCAUCGACCAGCUCCACGAGCAUGUUCCGCAAGGACCUGGACCAAAACGCGGCGCCCCUCAUCAUCGAUCCCGUCUCGCUGCAGGCAUCCGUCACGGUCUCCGUAAGGGUGCCCGACGAUGCAUUCCCCACCAUCAAAGGCGUGCCGGGGGACAUGAUCAGCUUCAAGUAUCAGGUGGAGGUGGUAGUCGACCUGGGUGGCAGGCUGGCGAGCCAGCUCCAAGGUGGUCAGUCCACUUCGAGGCUUGGGCCGUACGGAUACGGCAGCUCCGACCAGGCGAGCAACACGUACGGGCCUAGGCGGCCGGUCAACAUCGCCGACACGGCGCAAUUGAGAAGGGAAAAGGGCGUCAUUUCGGUAUCAAUGGAGACGGUUGUGGGGAGCAUGGACAGCUCUAGGAUCCGCAAGCCGUUGACGAGGCCGCCAGAAACGAGGGCAAUUCGCAUUGCCGAGAGUGACGACGAGGAAGUCAUUCGCCCAGAGGCGCCGCACCACGACGAGGCCUCGCCCAGCUACUUUGAAACAAAUGGCCAGCUGCCGCCCAACGGAUACCAAACUGCCCCUCGCACCGGGCAGCCGUCGUACCAAGAUGCGACGCACCACGGGCCGCUCUCACACACCAACGGGUAUCAUACCACCGCCGCACCCUCAUACGUCCCACCGCCGGAGGUCCCCAGCGAGCAUGGUAUGAGCGAGAAGGAGCGCAUACGACAAGCGGAAACGCGUCUGCUGCCCAGUCAGCCACCAGCGUCCGCAACUGCGGGCCCAUCGUCGGCGCCCGCGGAGGACGACAUUUACGACGCCGAAGACACGCCGCGAAUACAGGCUAUGGAGCCGAGCGCACCGAGCAACGGAGAUGCCGAAGCCGGGCCGUCGGCACCUACGGAGGAAGAGAUGAACGUGACGCAGCCGGCGGAGGACAAGCAGGAACUUGAGCGCCAGCGGCUGAUGAACGAAGCCAGCGCGCCGCCCGAGUUUCCCGACGACGCGGACGGGCGAGGCGCGAGCUCGUCGUCGCAAAGCGCGCCGCAGGACGCCGAACCCUCGGCGCCGGUCCUGAACGAGGACGAGGACGACUACCCGGGCUACGGCGUCGGCGCCGGCCCAUCUGCGCCGAGAAGCGCCACCAGCCACGCGGAGCAGCUGCCGGCGUAUGAGCGGUGA